GAGUUCAUUUCCGGGAUUUUGAGGUGGCUAGUAUUGCUGUUAUUAGGAAGUACAAUCUAACUCUUGUAGGGUUUUGUUUUUUAAAGAAAUUGUCAAAAUGAAUCGCAUUUUCGGUAGAGGAAAACCCAAAGGACCUCCUCCUAAUCUUACGGACUGUAUAGGAAACGUUGAUUCUCGGGCAGAGUCUGUUGAUAAGAAGAUAGCCAGACUUGAUGCUGAAUUGGUGAAAUAUAAAGAUCAGAUGAAGAAAAUGAGAGAUGGGCCAUCAAAGAACAUGGUAAAGCAGAAAGCCAUGCGUGUCCUUAAACAGAAAAGAAUGUAUGAAGGACAGAGAGAUCAGCUGAUGCAGCAGUCGUUUAACAUGGAGCAGGCCAACUACACCAUCCAGACUCUUAAAGACACCAAAACAACUGUGGAUGCUAUGAAGAUUGGAGCCAAAGAAAUGAAGAAGGCUUACAAGAAUGUGAAGAUUGAUCAGAUUGAGGACCUUCAUGACCAACUGGAGGACAUGAUGGAGGAUGCUAACGAGGUGCAGGAGGCUCUGAGCCGCAGUUACGGAACACCAGAUAUUGAUGAAGAUGAUCUAGAAGCAGAGCUGGACGCACUUGGCGAUGAGCUGCUUUUGGACAAUGACAGCUCUUACCUUGAUGAGGCAUCCUCAGCUCCAGCUAUACCUGAAGGCACUCCAGGAGAGAGGAGCACCAACCGGGAUGGAGUUCUGGUCGAUGAAUUUGGACUUCCUCAGAUUCCAGCAUCGUAACAACACAAUGAACUUGUUUUCUCUCCCUUAAACUUAUGCAUCAUGCGUUACACUUAUGCAUCUGACAUUUACAACACUGCGAUCCUUUUGUAUGAAACAGGCUCAUACAAGAUCAAUUCUUUGGGGUUAAAAUUUAAAAAAAGUAUUCGUAAUGGUAAACACAGCCAUUCUCUAUCUAUCUCUUUGCUUAUUUUCUUGUUUUAUAAGGAAUGUAGUCACUUUAACUAAUUGUAAGGAAUAAUUGUUAAACUCUGUAGUUACAAUAAGUUUUUUUGAUUUAAUUUUGAUCAUCUAUACAAUGUACCUCAUUGACUUUGUACAGCAACCAUGGGUUUCCAACUACCAACAAAUAAAUUAUUCUAUAUUUGGCA